CUUUGUACUGCUGUGAUUGUGGAUGUGGCAGUGUGGAACACCGACUCGGGCAUUCUUUAAGGAUGGUCAAAGGGAAUGAUAUAAAGAGCGAACCUGAGCGUUUUGAUGGCAUCUUUCUUCACGUACUCGCCGGAUAUUUAAGUCGUUAUUGCCAUGGAACACGGAAGCCCGUCAAGACCGCAGUUAAUGCCGCGAACACCCCCACCAUUGAAGCUACAGCCCGUGGAUCUGGACACGUGGGACGACGGCACAUAUGCGGAUUCGUUUUAUACCGAAGCCAAGCCAGAUGAACUGGAUGAGCCUUGGCCGUAUCGGUUCAAAAGCGGUGAUUUGGUGUGGGUCAAGUCGACAGGCGGGCGGUGGUAUCAUGGCAAAGUCGUCGGACAGGCCAAGCUGGGCAGAACAAUACAGGGCGAAGGUCUAUUAUUCUGGCUUGUCGUGUUCAGCUCCAAAUUUCGAAAGUACUUUGCUCCGUUGAAUGGCGAGAUCAAACCAGACACUCAGCACACACGAAAACUGUUGAAGGAGGCUGGCUGGCCAGAGAGCGAAUAAUUGAAUUUACCUAUAUGAUUUACUGCAUGAAACUAUUUGGUCAAUUCAUUAGUGUAAUAUCGUUGUCUACACUUCUGUAACACGUAUCACAAAACCACUUGCAAAAACAAUUUUUUGCAUGUUUCUUGAAAACCCUAGGUUUAGCGGUUUAGCACGACUUGCAACGUGA